AUGAGGACCCUAUUGUUCACCUUUGCAGUCUUUAUGCUCCUGGUCCAGUUGGUCUCAGGUAACUGGUACGUGAAAAAGUGUGCAAACAAAAGCGGAAAUUGCAGGAUGAAGUGCAGAAGUGGAGAAGUAGAAACACACCCUCCUACUUCAAAGUGCCCCAAAACCAAAGUAUGCUGCAUUCUCCCUACCAGUGGUUACGGUGGUUCAUGUGGAGCCCCAAAGACUACACAGAUGACAGGAAAGACAGCUGUGAAGACACCUAGCCAAGGAACUACUACCGCUGGCAGCAAAGAUCAGGAGCGGGGAAUUUGUUUCAUCAAGAUGUUCAGGAAAGGCUAUUAUCAAACAGAAUCAAAGAAAUACUACUUCUGGGAACAGUACACAAAUGUUCUUCAGCUGUGCUUCACUGCCUAUGGCCUGAGGCCACCAGGAGACCAAUAA